CUCGGCCGAAACGCAUGCGUGCUCGCCUUCAGCCGUGUGCACAACAAGGAAGACCCCAGCAGCAAGUCAAGCGCGCGCGGAAUAGCAGCCGUACCAUCUGCCAGCCGCAGAUUAUUAUAUACGGCGCGUUGGCAGCUCGCCGGGCGGCUACACUGCACUGCACACCACAAUCCCCACGACCCCGCAUGGAGAACCCGCGCUUCUUCCUUCUCGCGGCUCUCCUCCUCUUCCUCGGCUCCGGCGUCGCCAACGUCGUCCAUGGCGCCGACGGCGAGCAGUUCGUCUACUCCGGCUUCGGCGGCGCGAACGCCUCCCUGUCCCUGGACGGCACGGCGGUGAUCGAGCCGAGCGGCAUCCUGGAGCUGACCAACGGCACGGCGCAGCUCUCGGGCCACGCGAUCCACCGGACCCCGCUGCGCCUGCGCCGGUCCCCGGGCGCCGGGGUGCGCUCCUUCUCGGCGUCCUUCGUGUUCGGCAUCAUCCCGCCUUACUCCGACCUCAGCGGCCACGGCAUCGUCUUCUUCCUCGCCAACAGCAACAACUUCACGGGCGCGCUGCCCAGCCAGUACAUGGGCCUCCUCAACAGCGCCAACGAAGGCAACGCCACCAACCACGUCUUCGGCGUCGAGCUCGACACCAUCCAGAGCAAGGAGUUCAACGACCCCAACGACAACCAUGUCGGUAUCGACGUCAACAGCCUCAAGUCCAUCGCCGUGCACCCCGCCGGCUACUACGACGACGAUAACACCGGGGCCUUCCACGAGCUGCUCCUCAUCAGCAGCAAGGUUAUGCAGGUGUGGGUGGACUACGAGAGCGAGUCGACCCAGAUCAACGUGUUCCUGGCUCCCCUGAACGUCAAAUCCGGGACGCCCAAGCCUUCGAGGCCGCUGGUGUCAGCCAAGCACAACCUCUCGGACGUGCUCGUGGAGCCAGCAGCGUACGCCGGGUUCUCGUCGUCCACGGGCACCGUCAGGUCGCGCCACUACGUGCUCGGCUGGAGCUUCGCCAUGGACGGGCCUGCCCCGCCCAUCGACAUCGGCAAGCUUCCCAGACUACCCGUAGAGAUCUCCAAAGCACGGUCCAGGGUGCUAGAGAUCGUGCUCCCGAUCGGGACCGCGGCGUUCGUGCUCGCCGUGGUCACCGUCGUGGUUCUGCUCGUCCGCAGGCGAUCAAAGUACGCCGAGGUCCGGGAAGACUGGGAGUCCGAGUUCGGGCCGCACAGGUUCACUUACAAGGACCUGUUCCGGGCCACGGAAGGGUUCAAGAGCAAGACGCUGCUGGGGUUCGGCGGGUUCGGGCGCGUGCACAAGGGCGUGCUCCCGAAGUCCAAGAUGGAGGUGGCCGUGAAGAAAGUGUCCCACGAGUCGAGGCAGGGGAUCAAGGAGUUCGUGGCCGAGGUGGUCACCAUCGGCCGGCUCCGGCACCGGAACCUCGUGCAGCUGCUGGGCUACUGCCGCAGGAAGAACGAGCUGCUCCUCGUCUACGACUACAUGUCCAACGGCAGCCUCGACAAGUACCUCUACGGCAGCAGCUCCUCCGGGACGACGAGGCUGGACUGGGCGCAGAGGUUCAAGAUCAUCAAGGGCGUGGCGUCCGGGCUGCUCUACAUCCACGAGGACUUCGAGCAGGUGAUCAUCCACAGGGACGUCAAGGCCAGCAACGUGCUCGUGGACGCCGAGAUGAACGGCCGGCUGGGCGACUUCGGCCUUGCCAGGUUAUACGACCAUGGCGCCGACCCGCAGACGACGCACGUUGUCGGCACCAUGGGGUACCUGGCGCCGGAGCUGGCACGGACCGGCAAGGCUUCGCCGCUCACAGACGUGUUCGCCUUCGGGGCGUUUAUCCUGGAAGUGGCCUGUGGGCGGAGGCCCGUGGAGCAGGCCAUGGACGACGGCCGGCUCAUGCUCGUGGACUGGGUGCUCGAGCACUGGCAGAAGGGGUCUCUUCUCGAGACGGUCGAUGCCAGGCUUAAGGGCGACUACGACGCCGAGGAGGUGACCCUGGCGCUGAAGCUGGGCUUGCUCUGCUCGCACCCGUUGCCCGGGGCCAGGCCCAGCAUGCGGCAGGUCGUGCAGUACCUCGAAGGCGACAUGCCGUUGCCCGAGCUGACGCCGAUGCAGAUGAGCUUCAGCAUGCUGUCCCUGAUGCAGGGCGAAGGGUUCGACUCGUAUGUCUUUUCGGCGUCGCAUCCGUCGUCGGCGUCGGCCACCAUGAUGACCAUGGGCACCAUCAGUGGACUGUCUGGAGGGAGAUGACAUUUGGUGUUAGAACAUCAUGCGUUGUUGAUAUGUUGAGUUUUGGAUGUUCGUGAGUAUUGUUGCGCCAGAGCUAUAAACCUGUUCUUUAGCGUAGAGUACUAUCCAGCUUAUCUCAGAUUUUUAUAACUUGGAGUAUAAAGUAAGCUACACUAGAUCUAGAUCGGGCUCAAACUUUACAGUACAAGGAGUGCCAGCCUAUUUGGAUUUUUAAACUGUUGGACUAAUAGAAAAUGGAUUGUAACACUCUGGCAGAGCAAUUGAAAAGUACAGCCAUAUAAGAACAGGUUUCUCUGCU